CAUGCCACUGUGUCCCUCUCUCCCUAUCUGUCCUCUCCCUCCCAGUCCGUCUCCGUCCAUCAGGGACGCUGUUGCCAGCUGUAGCUUAAUGUGGUCUUAACUCCACUCUCUACAAGGAAAUAAUGCAAUACUACAAGGAAACAUAAUUUAUUUUUCUCCUCAUUUCAACUGUUUUUAUCGCUGCCUCUAAAUUACAUUUUGUAGCUGUCGAUCAGACAUGUAGAAGGUACUUUCAAGAGGCACUGAGAGUGAGAGGGAGAACGAGAGAGAGAGAAAGAGAGUGGGAGAGAGGGAGGGAGGGAAGGAGGGAGCGAGAGAAAGGAGGGUGGGAGAGAUUAGGAGUUCCACUCUAGCUGGAAAUGAACCAUUCCUUUUUCAGACCUCCGAUACGUUAAACUACGACCACAGUGCUGUUAUAGCAGGGGAUUUUACUCACCUAAAUAGAACUUGUCAUUUUUCCCUAUUCAAAUGAAAAGGAUCACCAGAAGGAUCGGUGUCGACUUCUGUGGUGUGAGACAUACCUGCAGCAUGUGUGAAGUCUGGGGGGCCAGUGUCAGCAAGGUGAUGGGUCAACAGGGUAACGGAGCAAGAAGACACAUUCUUCUGUCCAGGCUGCCAGUCUGCUUGUAGCUUACAGUAAAGAUAUCCAUAGCAAUGACCACGGUUUCCAUGGAGACCCGGCUGGUCUUCACAGAGCAGAUCUCCAACUCCACCGACCCGCCGCUGGAGUCUGCUCCUUCUUCUCCCGAAGACACUGCCACUACCUUCACCAUAAGCUGUAUUCUUUUGCUCAUGUGUCUGGUCGGCGUCUCUGGAAAUAUCUACACCCUUAUGGUCAUGUGUAACUCUAUGCGUUCCGCUGCGUCCAUGUAUGUUUACAUUAUUAACCUAGCCAUGGCGGAUCUGCUCUAUCUGUUGACCAUCCCAUUUGUGGUCUGCACACACUUCCUGAAAGGUUGGUAUUUUGGCGAUGCUGGGUGCAGGAUUCUGAUCAGUAUGGAUUUUCUGACGAUGCAUGCCAGCAUUUUCACACUAACCAUCAUGAGCACGGAAAGGUACUUUGCGGUCCUGAAACCGCUGGACACAGUCAAGCGGUCCAAGAGCUACCGCAAAGCCAUUGCAGUGCUUGUUUGGGUAGCUUCCCUUGUUUUGACUUUACCCAUGAUCCUCAACAUUCAGAUGAUGAUGGUGGGGGGAAAGGCGAUGUGCCGGUCAACCCUCUCCCCGCUGUUCUAUAAGGUGUACAUAUCCUUCCUGUUCUGCACCAGCAUUGUAGCUCCUGGGAUGAUCAUUGGCUAUCUCUACAUCCGUCUGGCUCGCACCUACUGGAUCUCCCAGACAGAGGCUUUCAAACAUACCAAGAAACUACCCAAUCAGAAGGUCCUCUAUCUGAUCCUCACCAUCGUUCUUCUGUUCUGGGCCUGUUUCCUUCCAUUCUGGAUCUGGCAGCUCCUUGGUCAUUUCCAAUCCUCCAUCGAUCUCUCCACCAAGGCCAAGCGCAACAUCAACUACCUAACCACCUGCCUCACCUACUCCAACAGCUGUAUCAACCCAUUCCUCUACACACUGCUAACCAAGAACUACAAGGAGUACCUGCGGAAGCGCCAGCGCACCUGUACUGCAGGCAACUACUUCAACCGGAGGAAACGUUUCCAGCGCUCGCUCCGGAGGUCGCUGUCCUCUAGCAGCCAACAGUGCACGGAGAGCUUCAUGCUCACACACACGCCAUCACUGCACACCACGCACAACACCAGCUCUUGAGGUUCGGGAAGACAGGUGAACAAGCGGCGGUCAAAUCCAAGCGAGUACAGAGGAAAACAAGCGGGUGAAUGAGUUCAAAGAGGAGGGAAGCAAGACAAAGGGCAGCACAAUCUGCAAACGACACUCGUUCACAUCCUUUUUGUAUGGAGAAGGAGCUGGAUAUAUCUGGUCAAGAGAUUUUAAUUCACCCCCAAAACUAGUGUCACAAUAUCAGCGACCACAAUGCUAAUGGAGCUGGCAGUCCUUGUUUCCUCAUGCUUGUUUACAAAAAAGACACUGUUCUCAACAUCCUGUUGAGGCUGGGUGUUUCAUACCCAGACUUCCUGUGGUUUCAUAAACACGGGUGAGUGGAAGUGGGAGGGACAUCAUCCUUAUCUUAGCCCCCAUCAUCCUCUGCAGUUAGGGUAUCCCUCCAAUUCUCUAUCCCAUCUCUCCGUAACUUUCUCACUCUCUAGGGAGUGCCUGUAGCACUCCAUUCAAAAUGUUGUUCAAUCCAUCUUAUCAUUUCAUCACUCCAGGCUGCACAGUGCCUGAUGCUAUUUUUAAGUAGUGUGGAGAUAUCUCUGCUCAUCUUUGGAGUUCAAUAACUUUUUAUGAAAUAAUUUCUUUAUAGGUCAGAAAGGGCACAAUGUUCCAUAUCAAUCUUGACCCAGUUCCGUUGCUGUUCUGUUUUUAUAGUACAGUGACAUUUUGUAUAUAUUAUAUAUGGAGGUAGAAUCUCCAUUAUCGUAUGUAUUCCUCAUUUGCUGCUUUUUUCCCCCAGAUGUAUUUUUUUGCGCCGGUGUGUCUGAGUGCUGACAUUUGAAUGGUAUGACUCUGAGUGCGCUUGUGUGUGCUGCUUUCUAUCAAUCAACCGUGUUGCUAGAUGCGAACCAGGAAGAGAGAAAUACACUACUAAUGCACAAUGAAACACUCUUAACCGCAGUUCUUCACCCGUUUCUGUACAAACUGUCAUGCCAGGAGGACUGAAUCUGAUAGUUGUAAUAUAAUAUAAAUAUAACAAUUCAGUGAGAUUCAUUGGGGCCAGUGGACUGUGGUAAGCCUUCCACUGUGGUACAUCCAGAGUUGAUAGAUGGUUUCUGAAUGUACAGUUUCUGAUUACUGCUACUAGGCCAAGAGUUUUGUAAUUGGUUUGAAAUCAAGACAUGGGUGGAAAUGUGCUUUUCCCAAAAUGGAAUAUAUGAAAUUUGAAAUGUUUCUAUUUGCAACAAAUGUUGAUGUUUUGUAAUUAUGUAUUUAAAAAAAAAUAUGUUUACACAGCUAUCUAAAUGUCUUUGCCUGUCAGAGAACAUAAACACACAAACACACACACAGACACACAAACACACAAACACACACACUCUGAGCUAAUGUACAUUUUUCUUAUGUUCUCAUUAACUUGUUUUAUCAGUUUGCUUUUCUGGUUUAACUGUGUUGCUGUACUUUCUGAUAUUCUUUAAAUCAUGGUAACUACUAAUGCUGAGCAAGGUCCAUAUAUAUUAUGAGCGCUUAUUAAAAAUAUAUAAGUUUGACUCCUCCGAGAUGCCAUGCUUUCAUGUUCUGGGUUUAAAUGAACCAAACAGAAAUUCAAAUGGGUAAUUAUUCUACUCAAUUAUUAUGGAGUUGGCGUAGUGUGGUUUAGAGGUAUAAGACACUGCUUGGGGUGCACAAGUCACUGCAGCAUGGGUUUCAAGUCCGCACCACCGCUGUUUCAGCACACUGUUAUUUUUACACGCAAAACAUAUACAAAAAGAUGGUGUUAUAUAACAAAAAAUAGUAUUUCAAAGUUUGGUUCAGUGAACGGUUGUUCUGGGACAUCAUUUGUCAGCGGGAAGGAGGGAUGUAAACAGGGAGGGAGUAAAACAGAGGCCAUGAGGUUAAAAAACAGUAGAGACAGUAUGCAAUAUAUUAUAAUGUAAUGUCUCAAGCUGUUGGCUGUAGCAGUUGUGGAAGCCUUCCCAUCUGGGAUAACGGCUACUAGUCUGUAGCUCUCACAGUACUAAGCACUCACAGGCUGUGUCUCUGUGUCUCCCCAGGACACCAGCACCACUUCAAAACCUUUCACACCAGAGGCGAACAAUACAGUUACAGAGUGGGAGAGAUAAGAGGCUAUUAAGUCCAAGGCUUUCCUGGGGUCAGAAAAACUAUUUUAAAGUCUGUAGAACAACCCUAGCCAUCCUGAAGCAAUCUCACAUUGGUCAAAUUAAGAAUGUGAAUUAACCACAUUGCCAAUUAAAGCAUUGCAUCUUUUUAAGAAAUUGCCAAGUGAAUAAAACAUAACUUUUUUAAGUAGAUAGUAUUUUCAGUCAUUUUUGAAACUUUUUAUACAAAAAAAACAUAUAUCUCUAAUGUAGCUGUUACAAGGAUAAGCUGGCAUGAGAGGCCUCUACUGACAGGUGAAAGCCCAUAACAUGUAAUACACACAAUUCCAAUACAGAAAAGCUGCAUAUUAACAAUAUAUAAAGGAAAACUAUUUCACUCAUAUAUUGUUACAAAUCAUUAUGCAUGAUAUUUUAUCCAAAUCUGGAAAGACUGAACAGCUGCUAUUUAGGUCAUUUCUAAUUGAACUAACAUUUGCAGCACGAUUUCAGCCAACACCUGAAAGACCACACUGCCUAUAAAGCCUAGAUCAGAUUGAAUCCUGGCCUCAGGUUUAAAGUGAUAUUUUUCAUCUCGGGAUCAUUAUUUUAAUAUACAUAACAGCAAUGUAUAGUUUUUUUGUUAAACAUGUUCUCUGAGGUUACUGAUCAACUAGAAAUAAAUAAAUCGAUAUAGUACAAUGUUUUUGGUUCUGUGCUAUCCAGCUGAUACAGCAGUCUUUUACACAACAGUUUUGUUUUUACACAUUUCAAGCAUCAAGUCAAUGUUAAUGCAUAUUGAAAUGAUCAGAUCUUUAGAUUGCAGCACAUUAGGCAUUAAGAAAAACUCAGAUGUGCUGUGAAACUUUUUCUAAUCUUGGUGUAAGUGAUUUUGGCUAGUGGCCAAAAUGUAUUGUAAUUGUAUUUAUCAUAUAACAACACAGCUAAAACUCUACAUACAAAGCAUUAUCUUCCCGAGAUGACCUGGGUAAGUUAGUAAUUCUCCAGUGUAACAAACAUUU